AAGCUGGCAGUUGUAAGGACUAACAAGCUCAGUAUAUUUUUGGUGUCUGAGGAUUCAGAUCACAUACAAUUCGGCAGAAUAAGCAGUCAGAUAAGUAAGUAAAUGAACAUUAUUAUGAGGAACUGACAUGGAAAGAUGAGCACCAUGUUACAGAAGCAAGGUGGGAGUGAAAUCACCCCCACUCCCCGGGAGAGAUUGUUACGUCACAGGGUAACUUUCCAGGAUCAGAUGGUCCCAAGUCGUCAGGAGUCUGACAGCAAUGCAAGCUUCCUUCGUGCUGCCAGAGCAGGGAAUCUGGAUAAAGUGCUCGAGUACCUCAAAGGAGGGAUAGACAUCAACACAUCAAAUCAGAAUGGCCUCAAUGCAUUGCAUCUGGCAGCUAAAGAAGGACAUGUGGAACUUGUGCAGGAAUUACUGGAGAGAGGUGCAGUCGUUGAUUCAUCAACAAAGAAAGGAAACUCAGCCCUACACAUUGCAUCUCUGGCUGGACAAACUGAUGUGGUUAGAACUCUAGUGAAGCAGGGUGCCAACAUCAAUUCGCAGUCCCAGAAUGGUUUCACUCCGCUCUAUAUGGCUGCCCAAGAAAAUCACAUUGAAGUUGUGAGGCUCCUGCUGGAGAUUGGAGCUAAUCAGAGCACAGCCACUGAGGAUGGGUUCACUCCCCUAGCUGUUGCGCUGCAACAGGGUCACAACCAAGUAGUUGCCAUCUUACUGGAGAAUGACACCAAGGGAAAGGUGCGGCUACCGGCCCUGCAUAUCGCUGCCAGGAAGGAUGAUACCAAAUCUGCGGCUCUGCUACUACAGAAUGAUCACAAUGCUGAUGUGCAGUCCAAGAGUGGCUUCACUCCUCUGCAUAUUGCUGCCCACUAUGGAAACGUGAAUGUAGCUACUCUGCUAUUAAACCGAGGAGCUGCUGUGGAUUUCACAGCCCGGAAUGGAAUCACUCCACUACACGUAGCUUCUAAACGAGGAAAUACCAACAUGGUGAAACUGCUUCUGGAUCGAGGAGCUCAGAUAGAUGCUAAGACGAGGGAUGGUUUGACCCCACUUCACUGUGCAGCAAGGAGCGGACAUGAUGGAGCUGUAGAAAUUCUGCUUGAGAGGGGGGCCCCAAUGCUCGCCAGGACAAAGAAUGGUUUGUCACCCCUCCAUAUGGCUGCACAGGGAGAUCACGUGGAAUGUGUCAAGCAUCUACUGCAACAUAAGGCACCUGUCGAUGAUGUCACACUUGACUAUCUCACUGCUUUGCACGUCGCUGCUCACUGCGGUCACUACAGGGCCACCAAGCUUCUUCUGGACAAGAGAGCCAAUCCCAAUGCUCGGGCACUGAAUGGCUUUACUCCACUGCACAUUGCAUGUAAGAAAAAUCGUGUUAAAGUGAUGGAACUUCUUGUGAAAUACGGGGCCUCAAUCCAAGCCAUAACAGAGUCUGGCCUUACACCAAUACAUGUGGCUGCCUUCAUGGGCCACUUGAAUAUAGUACUCCUUUUGCUGCAGAAUGGAGCGUCUCCGGAUGUUUCUAACAUUCGUGGAGAAACUGCAUUGCACAUGGCUGCACGAGCUGGACAAGUCGAAGUCGUGCGCUGCCUGCUACGCAAUGGGGCCCUUGUGGAUGCUAAAGCUAGGGAGGAUCAGACACCAUUACACAUUGCCUCAAGGUUGGGUAAAACUGAGAUUGUGCAGCUGCUGUUACAGCAUAUGGCUUUUCCAGAUGCUUGCACCACUAAUGGCUACACCCCACUUCAUAUUUCUGCCAGGGAGGGGCAGGAAGAUGUGGCUUCCAUUUUGCUUGAGGCAGGUGCUUCACACUCAUUAGCCACAAAGAAGGGAUUUACCCCGCUACAUGUCGCAGCUAAGUACGGGAGUCUAGAUGUGGCAAAACUCCUUCUGCAACGCGCUGCUUCUCCAGAUUCUGCUGGCAAGAACGGCCUAACCCCACUCCAUGUUGCUGCUCACUAUGACAACCAGAAGGUGGCGCUGCUGUUGCUGGAGAAAGGUGCCUCUCCCCAUGCCUCUGCCAAGAAUGGCUAUACACCUCUGCACAUUGCUGCCAAGAAGAACCAAAUGGAGAUUGCCACCACCUUAUUAGAUUAUGGAGCUCAGACGAAUGCCCUAACAAAGCAGGGAGUGACCCCCCUCCACCUGGCUUCACAGGAGGGACAUGUGGACAUGGUCUCACGUCUGAUGGAUAAAAAUGCCAAUGUUAAUGUGGCCACAAAGAGCGGAUUGUCAGCACUGCACUUGGCAGCUCAGGAGGACAAGGUUAAUGUUGCAGAAAUUCUGGUAAAACGAGGCACAAAUCUUGAUGCACAGACUAAGGUUGGCUAUACUCCACUGAUUGUGGCUUGUCACUAUGGAAACGUUAAGAUGGUCAAUUUCCUCCUACAGCAUGGCUCCAAUGUUAAUGCCAAAACCAAGAAUGGAUAUACACCUUUGCAUCAGGCAGCACAACAGGGUCACACCCACAUUAUCAAUGUCCUCCUUCAACAUGGAGCCAGAGCCAAUGCCAUCACUGCAAAUGGUAACACUGCCUUAGCAAUUGCCAAACGCCUUGGAUAUAUCUCUGUGGUUGAUACCUUGAAGGUUGUCACAGAAGAAGUCACCACCACUACAACUACUGUAACUGAAAAACACAAGCUGAAUGUACCUGAGACCAUGACUGAGAUUUUGGAUGUCUCAGAUGAGGAAGGAGAUGAUACAAUGACAGGUGAUGGAGGAGAGUACCUUAGACCAGAGGAUUUGAAAGAACUUGGAGAUGACUCUCUACCCAGCAGUCGGUACCUGGACAAUAUGAUGUAUAGAGGAAUAGGACGCCUUGGAGAACGCUCAGACAGACAAUGUCUCGAAUCCAGCCACGUAGGUUAUGUUGCUCUGACUUAUUUAGCUGCCACAUUAAGUUCAGACAGGUCCAACACACCAAGCCAUGGCCCAUACCAGAGGGACAGUGCCAUGAUUGAAGAACUAAUCACAGCUACAAGUAGCCAGGUAGCUCUGGCCAAGGGCCCUGACAAGGACUCCUCAUAUCGCUUAAGUUGGGAAGGAGAGAACUUGGACAAUGUGGCUCUUUCUUCCAGUCCAAUCCAUUCAGGCUACUGGAGCAAGAUGGUGCAAGACAUAGGAACUUUACAGCCAGCAGGUUUCCUGGUUAGUUUCAUGGUGGAUGCUCGUGGUGGAUCCAUGCGGGGCUGCCGGCAUAAUGGGCUUCGUAUUAUCAUUCCCCCUCGGAAGUGCACAGCCCCAACACGUGUGACUUGCCGCCUGGUUAAACGUCACAGACUGGCCACAAUGCCUCCUAUGGUGGAAGGAGAGGGCCAUGCAACUAGGCUAAUUGAAGUUGGACCAUCAGGUGCUCAAUUCCUUGGGCCUGUGAUUGUGGAGAUUCCACACUUUGCAGCCGUGCGAGGGAAGGAACGGGAAUUGGUGGUGCUGCGCAGUGAAACUGGGGAGACCUGGAAGGAGCAUCAAUGUGAAUAUACUGAGGAAGAGUUGAAUGAAAUAUUGAAUGGGAUGGAUGAAGUGCUUGACAGCCCAGAGGAACUUGACAAGAAACGUAUUUGCCGUAUCAUCACCAGGGACUUCCCACAGUACUUUGCAGUUGUGUCCAGGGUCAGACAGGACAGUAACUUGAUUGGGCCAGAAGGGGGUGUGCUGAGCAGUACUGUUGUACCACAGGUUCAGGCCGUCUUCCCUGAAGGAGCUUUAACUAAGAGGAUUAGAGUUGGCCUCCAGGCGCAGCCCAUGCACUUUGAGCUAGUCAAGAAAAUUCUGGGUAACAAGGCAACCUUUAGUCCAAUAGUCACCCUGGAACCUAGAAGAAGGAAAUUCCAUAAACCUAUUACUAUGACGAUUCCCAUUCCUAAAUACUCUACUGAGGGGCUAAUGAAUGGCUACGGUGGAGAUACUCCAACUCUCAGGUUACUUUGUAGUAUAACAGGUGGAACAACGCCAGCCCAAUGGGAAGAUAUAACUGGAACUACACCAUUAUCAUUUGUCAAUGAGUGUGUUUCCUUCACUACAAAUGUGUCAGCUAGGUUCUGGCUCAUAGAUUGCCGGCAGAUUCAAGAAUCUGUCAACUUUGCCACACAAAUGUACAGAGAAAUUAUCUGUGUACCGUACAUGGCCAAAUUUGUAGUUUUUGCCAAAUCACUUGAUCCGAUCGAGGCACGGUUGAGAUGUUUUUGUAUGACAGAUGACAAGGUGGACAAAACAUUGGAACAGCAGGAAAAUUUCACGGAAGUUGCAAGGAGCAGGGAUGUUGAGGUAUUGGAGGGCAAGCCAAUUUAUGCUGACUGUUUUGGCAAUCUUGUGCCUCUCACAAAGAGUGGACAGCAUCAUCUGUUCAGUUUCUACGCUUUCAAAGAAAAUAGGCUUGCACUGUUUGUCAAGGUACGAGAUACAACUCAGGAACCUUGUGGACGAUUGUCCUUUAUAAAAGAGCCAAAAUCGACAAGAGGCCUUGUACAACAUGCAAUCUGCAACCUCAAUAUUACGCUGCCGCUUUACUGCAAGGAGUCAGAUUCAGAUCAGGAGCAAGAGGAAGAGGUGACUGGAAUACAAGAUAAAUCUGUGGAUGCUCAGGAGGAUUCUGAAAGAGCUGAGCAAAGGCUCUAUCUUAUUGCUGACCAUCUUGGAUUCAGCUGGACAGAGCUGGCCAGGGACCUGGACUUCAGUGAGGAACAGAUCCAUCAGAUCAGAAUAGAAAACCCAAACUCAUUGGUGGACCAGAGUCAAGCAUUAUUAAAAUAUUGGUUGGAAAGAGAUGGCAAGUGUGCUUCAGACGAAAAAUUAAUGGAGACCUUGGCCAAAAUUAAUCGCAUGGAUAUUAUCAGCUUGUUGGAAACCACACAGACGUCACCUAGCAGAGAGCUUGUUUCCCGCACUUAUGCUGAGAUUGAACAAACAAUAGCACUGGAUCACAGUGAAGGCUUCUCUGCACUUUCAGAUGACCUGUACAGUCCAAAGACCACGAAAUUUGGACAGCCAGCUUCUAGAGAGCUUUAUAGUGAUCUAGCCCAAAUAGUACGUGAACACCAUGGUGAAUACUUUCAAACACAACCACCUCUUGUCUCAGAGGAAGAUAGUUCCAUCAGUAGCUGUAAACCUCAGGAAACCAGUCCACAGGUCAGAGCAAAGUCACGGGAUCAAUUGGAGGAUUCGGGGGAUGAACAGUCCAUCUCCAAACUCUUGAGACAAACUCAAAAGGAAAAAGAAACUGAAGCAAAGGAGAAAUCACUUCCUGACUCUCAAAGCGAAGGACCCAUAGUGAGGAAGCAAGAGACUGCAGCAUCUGGUGGGGAACUCAUUGAUUUUCUUAGAGAAAGAUGUGAGGAACUAGAAAAGUCUGAUGUCCAGGAGAAAGAGGAAUUUGAGCAGCCUGAAGAGAUGGUAACGCUGAGGAUAGAGGAACAAAGUCCCAUUGUACAGGAGCCUGAUGAAGUUCAAGUUUGUGAGGAGUUGCAAGCUCCCCAGACAAUCGGCCCCACUAUAGUGGAAACAACAGAGGAGCAGCCAGAGACCACUAAAAAAGCCUUUGAGGAACAAUCGCUAGAAAAGGAGAUAGCAGAAGAGCUGGGGGCCCUUGAAAGCAGUUCUGAUGAGGAGACAGUAACUACCAGGGUCAUCCGCCGACGGGUGAUCAUUCAGGCUGAUGACAUGUCUGAUGUUCUACCAGAGUCAGUUACUGAAGAACAAUACACAGAUGAACAUGGAAAUACCAUUGUAAAAAAGGUUACCAGGAAGAUUAUCAGGCGCUUAGUUUCACCCGAUGGGACAGAAAAGGAGGAAGUGAUAAUGCAAGGAGCAGAGCAAGAACCAAUUACAAUUGAAGAUGGAGAUGGAUAUUCAAAAGUUUUAAAACGGACUGUACUGAAAAGUGAUAGUGAACAAACAGAGAUGACAUUUUCAGAACCACAUGUGGCCGCUGGCUCUGAAUUCCAGUCUGAGCAGGUUGAGGGUCGCAGGGUCAGUAAGGUCAUCAAGACAACUGUCGUCCACGGAGACAGAAUGGAGAAACACCUUGGAGACCCCAAGUUAGCUUCUGACCUUCCAACAGCCAAAGAUGAUUUUAAUAUGGCUCUAAGUUUUUCAGGGAACCAUGGAAAGGUCCACAUCCCAAAUGUAGCUCACAGAGAGAUUGUAAAAGAGGAUGGAUCAGUUAUUAAAAGGGCGACCAUGAGUAAGACUAGCACACAGAAGAGGACUGUGGUGAAGGAUCAGGAGGGGAAGCAUAUACACGAGGAACGGCUGGAGGACGUGCCUGAAGCGCUUCAAAAAGACGAUCUGAAACACGACCUACAACAACUUCUUGGUCGCUUUUGCAGUGAGGACUGGAAACAGGAUGAAAAAUAAACAGCUCAAAUCACGCAUAUCUAUUCUGUCACUACUGCACAGUUUGCUCACAUGAAGAAAUUGUAUAUUAUUUUUUUCCAUCUGAAGAUGCUGGAGUACCUGUGCAGAAAGGUAGAUUUGAAUUAGACUUUUCUUUACCGUAAGUAAAUUUGUGACCAAAGAUGGCAUCCAUAUCUUGGAUGACUUAUACUGUUUGAACAAUAGAGCUUCCUCAUAUGGCUGUAUUAGGAACAUGCAAACAUUGCUGCCUCCAAACUGCAACAACUGUUCUGAAAUUCAGAAAAUACUUCAUCCACAGGCCUCUUCUCAUUUUCUGUUUCAGAAGGACUUUACAACACAAACAUGUAAAUAGCAAAAGUGUUUUGGCUUAUGAAACUAAGACACUGCCUACCUUGACUACACCAAUCACCACCAAACACAAGAUCCUUUCUUCAUUGCCGAAUUGAGUCUGACUAAAUGUCGCCAUAGUAACAGAGUGUGAGUGUGCAGGCCUAGUAGGGAGCACUUAUGAAUCUUACAGUCCCUCAAAACUUCUCAAAGCUUAAUAACUAUGCUAGCACCUGUACUUAAUGUAUCAGACAUAUCUCCAUUAAUUGCAUUAGUAUGAAUUUAAACAGUGGGUGUGUGGCAGGCUACAUUUGGUCGUGUAAUUCAUGCUGCCAUACUUGUUUCCAGAAAUUUGCAACUUUCUUCACUGCUUCCACCAAACCACAUAGUCUUGCAUCUGUGGUCUGGUACUUUCUACUGGCACCUGCACCGUAGAUAAAUGGAACUGGGAUGAACUUUACAAAAAAAAGACAGAAUCCUUUGGUUAUUUCAGCAUUAUGUAACAAGACUGGCUUCUUUUUGUAAGUGCAUGUAGUAUUUAUAGCUGUUGUAAUCAUCUAUACGGUUGUUUAACCAUCUUUGCACUGGGGAAAUGUUUCAGCUCGCUGCCUCAACAAAAAAAAGAGUAACAAUAAAAGCAGGAAUCAAUUAUGGUAAAUAUAUAGUAUUUUUUAAUUGUUCAGUUCUAUCCUUCAAUGUAUUCAUAAGAUUUUAUUGUAGAUUUUCUUUAAGUUAUUAUGGCACAGAAAACUUGUUAAUAUGAGGACAAUAUCUGCUCAGUGCUCAGAAAGUUAAAUAAAUAAAUCUUUAAUUUACUCACUCAAUUAGUGCAGGCAGAAUGUCAGUCCUGUUUUGUUUGUGUCGAGGCCUGUACUGACUGACUACAAGAACCAAUGGAGAGAGUGUGUAACUGUUUUGGCCAUGCUAUGUGGUGUUACUUGCAGCACAGAUGAUGUCUCUGUAAUUACAUUUUGAUUUAUACCUUUUUUUUGCUGUGUAAUCAAAGAACUUCAGAACUGUGAGAAGGAGUGAAUUUUAAGUUGACGAAUCAGCAUCUUGUUCCCAUGGUGAUAACAAAUAUUGUAUAUGAUAUCUAUGAGGGCAUGUAUUAGAAUAAAGAUAAAUGGAAGCAAACUUAAAACACUAACAAAUACAUAGCAACUGCAAUGUGUAAAAUGGCUGAUUUAAUUAAAAUAAAAUGUACAAGUGUUACAUGUAAA